AUGGUAGCCACACCCGCUCGCAAAGGCCUUUCGGCUCUUCUCUCUGCUUCGUCAUCCAGAGCAUCAUCAAUCGCUAGCAGGACACAACAACGAAGCUUCUCUUCAUCCCGCAUCUACGCUGCAUACGCGACUGCACCCAAAGCAGCAGCGGCAACUACGACUGGCACCUCGACAGCUGCGAAACCUGCAACUUCAACGUCAACUGCGUCAAAGCCCACAACCUCAACAACCCCACAACGGACAGUAACUCCCUCGUUUCCUGCGAAAGAGCCUCCCGUACCUACCACACGCAACAGCACCGCAGAAACCGCGGCAUCAGCAGCCCAAAAACAACGUUCGCUUACCGAAGGACUGUCCGAUGCACCUCCCGAGCUAGAAGGCGUACCGGCCAUAGACUGGACUCGCUCGUACCAUGGCCUUGGCAGCAUAUCUUUCACACCAGAGCAGUCGGACACGCUGCUCGCGCCCAUUACACAGGACGAUGUCGAGGUGAAGCCAGACGGUAUCAUAUACUUGCCCGAGAUCAAGUACAGGCGGAUAUUGAACAAGGCAUUCGGGCCAGGAGGUUGGGGCUUGGCACCAAGAGGCGAGAGUAUUGUUACUGGAAAGCUGGUGACGAGGGAGUAUGGACUCAUUGUCCAAGGACGACUCGUUUCCAUUGCCCGUGGCGAGCAACAGUACUUCGACCCUGACGGUAUUCCCACUGCGACCGAAGGCUGCAAAUCCAACGCCUUGAUGCGAUGCUGUAAAGACUUGGGUAUUGCUUCUGAACUCUGGGACCCACGCUUCAUCAGGGAGUUCACGAACAAGACGACAAAGGAAAUAUGGGUGGAGCAUGUGAGCACAAAGAAGAAGAGGAAGAUAGUGCUGAGAAAGGACGACAGCGCCAGAUACCCGUACAAAGAAGUCAAAUUGUAG